AUGUCUGCCGCAGUUCUUCCUUCCGUGGUUGUGGGAAUCCAUUUGCACCCAGGGAGCGCGCAUUUUGCUCCUCUCCUCUGCAUCACAAGCUUUUCUGGGGUAGCUCCCAUGGAUCUGCUUGGUGCUAUCAGUGACUAUCACCAAGCCAGACUGUUUAAUUCAGAAACAGAACCGUUUGGAAAGUGUUGCAAUAGGACACACACAUUGCGCCACCGCUGUGGCGUGAAGGCCUACCACCUUCAGAAGUUGACCUGUGGCAAAUGUGGCUACCCCGCCAAGUGCAGGAGGACGUAUAACUGCAGUGCCAAGGCUAAAAGACAAAAUGCCACCAGGACUGGCCGAACGAGGCACCUAAAAAUUGUACACCACAGAUUCAGGCAUGGACUCCAUGAGGAAACAACACCUAAACCAAAGAGGGCAGCUGUUGGAGCACCUCGAUCAGCUUAA